GCAUCUUCAGGCGGUCAGAAAGUACAGAGCUUAAAGAGUAAAGAGUUAUUUCAACUUCAAACUUGUCGAACAUCCGUUAAAACUGCUCGUAGCUGCAAUCUGUUCAGCUCGCUACAAAAGAACUACGGAAAAGCGAGAGAGAAGCGGAAGUGCGUCAGUGAAAUCAGUGGAACAGAAAUACUUCGGCCAACUGCGAUAACUGAAAGCGUGCGCGUGAAGAAUCCCGCAUCAGAGAUCCGCCCGAUAACCUCAGCAGUUUACAGCAACUACUAACAAUGGCUUCCGGAGUCACCGUAUCGGAUGUGUGCAAGACCACGUACGAGGAAAUAAAGAAAGACAAGAAACAUCGCUACGUGAUCUUCUACAUUCGGGAUGAGAAACAGAUCGACGUCGAGGUGAUCGGUGAUCGCAACGCGGAAUACGAUAGCUUUUUGGACGACAUACAGAAGGGUGGACCGGGUGAAUGCCGAUACGGCCUGUUCGACUUCGAAUACAUGCACCAGUGCCAGGGAACGUCGGAAAGUUCGAAGAAGCAGAAGCUCUUCUUGAUGUCCUGGUGCCCCGAUACCGCUAAGGUUAAGAAGAAGAUGUUGUACUCGAGCUCAUUCGACGCAUUGAAGAAGUCGCUCGUCGGCGUCCAGAAAUACAUUCAGGCCACCGACCUGUCGGAGGCUUCCCGGGAAGCGGUCGAGGAGAAGCUGCGUGCAACUGAUCGUCAAUAAGGAAAACAUACUACUUAAGAGACGCACACAACAUACAUCUACACGCGGACACACAUCCAUCAGAAAAAUCUUGCAGAACUACGGAGGAGGACGGCGGCGGCGGCGGCCGAGGAGUAUGCUCCUCCGAGAUCGAGGGAACAAGAUCGGAAUCAGCAGCAGCAGCAGCACAACAUUUCUUCGCAGCCCAAUUACUACCACACACUGUUCCCUCGACGGAACUGGCGAUCACACUCCUAAGUUCUUAUAAUUUCCACACUAUCAUCAUUCGAACAGCGCGCGUGAAGAGGAAGAAAUAUUGCGAAGGACACAACACACCUCACUAUAACCGCAAGCACCAUCAUCAGAGUCAGGAUAAACCGGGAACGAGCAGAGCGUGUCCUCCCCGCGGGGGGCGACGGAGAAGAAAAGAGGAAGUUCACACCCAAGAAGCUAAAGAGAGAACGCAUUGUGGCGGAUGCGUGCGCGCGCGCUGCACCGAUGCGUCUACAAUAAAACUAAGCGAGAUAACAAGGAAAAGGAUCAAUAGAAAAACACAACAUUAUCUGGGCGCAGAGUAAGGAAAGAAAUCAUUGUUGGUCAUCGUAUGUGUGGUAGCGGAUGAAGAAAGGAUGACCCCGAGAGCGAUUGGUGGUUCUGUUUUGUAGAGAUUAAGGAUGCUUGAGGCUGAUUUACGUGUGAAGCAUUUCUCUGCUAUAUUUCGAGAGUCGUCGUAGCCAAAAGAUCACUCUAGUUUUCAUUCAUCGAAUCCCGCGUAUGCUUUCUUGUGUUUUCCCUCUGUUUGCAAACAAAUAUACAUUUUUCAUGCGAGUAACGGAACUGUGUGAGGUUCGAUUAAGUGGGCGGCUGCUUUAUGUGUUCUGUUUCUUUGGCC